AUGCUUAGCCACGUUCGCCUCCAACAACCUUGGCUCGCCGCCGUCCGCCGAUCUCAACGGCCUGGCCCAGAUCACCCUCAAAUCCGGCAUCGCCAAUGCCACGGAGGCGCGCAAAUACGUCGAGGGCCUCGUGGCGGGGCCCGAUGUGGGCCCCGCAUUGAAGGAGGCCCUCAUGAACUGCUCGUCGUGGUUCUCGGCCGCGGCGGACUCGUUCAACAGCGCGCUGAUGGAGCUCGACGAGGAUCUGCAGUCGGCCAAUUACGACGCGAAGAUCGCCGGCGACGACGCGAGGAACUGCCGCGGGAUGAUGGCGGCCGGGAAGGUGUCGGAGCCGUCGGUGGAGGUUAG